UUUUUUUGUUUUUCUCCACACUAAUUUUCAUGCCACCUAUUACAUACUUGACACGCACAGCGUCUUUUUCAGCUGCCCAUCGUCUGCAUUCACCACACUUAACCAACGAAGAAAAUAGUCAACUGUAUGGAAAAUGCAACCACCCAAAUUACCAUGGGCACAAUUACAAAGUCGAAAUUACCCUCAAGGGAGAAAUCAACCCAGAGACUGGCAUGGUCAUGAACAUUGUCGAUCUUAAAGAUUGUAUUAAUUUAGCUGUUAUGGACGUUUUAGACCAUAAAAACUUGGAUUGCGACGUUGAAUUCUUUCGAAAACGAGCUAGCACAACCGAGAAUUUAGCAUUGUUUAUUUGGUGUAACUUUGAUUAUCACUUCCAACGCCAUCCGUCUCGAAAAACAACGUCCGCAAAACUCUACAAGGUGAAGAUUCAUGAAACGGAUAGCAACUCUGUGGAGUUUAUGGGCGAAUGUAGUGAAGGGCUGGAGCAAACAAUCAUGGAGAUUAGCCGGCAUGACGAUGCCUUGGAGAAUGGCAAAUAUGCAUAAUAUCAUACUCUUUCCCUCCCUUCUUUCGUAUCAUUAGUAUUAUCAUUUCGCUUGUACACAAUUCACCUCAAUUUUUUUUAAUCAUCUUCCUUCUUCAUAUUAGAAAUAUACACCUAUACCUCAAACAAUUUUCAUUUGAUCUUGUUCUUUCAUUGUUGGUCAUGUGUCUACAGAUAUCCAAGAUUAAAAGCAUCAUAUUAGACGAAGAUGCACGCAGUCAUUAUGGACUGACAAAGCGUACUUCUCCUUGUCAAUCAUUUGCCGAAGAAACACAUAUCAUACAAAUGAUGCAGGAUGUUAGCCAGUGGCAUACAGCGUACCAAGUUGACUUCAUUAUAUUAUCACAUAUCAAGUAUC